AUGGCUCUGGUCUCGACGUUGCCACCUCAUUCCAUCAUCAGCUCGCCCUCGUUCGGUUAUCCCCACCACCGUGCCUCGUCGCCUGGAUCAGCAGCAGCAGUAGCCCGCGUCAGCAGUAGUAGCCCUCGCGCGACCGCCGCAGAGACCUCGACCAGCUCGUCACCAGCCGGCGCCGCGUCGCCUCGAUCGUACCCGUCCAACAUGGCCUACUCUGCCCGACCACCGACGAUCCAGUGGACACCGCCGGCGUUCGUCGAUCUCAACCCGACCUCGAGCAGAAGCAGUGUGUCAAGCUCCAAGCCCACGUCGCCGUCGCCGUCGCCGCAACCGAGCGCGAUGUCCGGCCCCAGCACGAGCUCGCGACCUCAACCCCCCUUGUUCAACUCGGCAGCCAACGCGUCCUCGACCCCGACGUUGUCACAGAGGCGGUCAUCGGGCCACAUCGCAUCCGGUUCGACCAGCCCGUACACACCGUCACCGGCUGGCUCGUCGCAUCGCCAGGCGCAACACGCGGCCCCGGCUCACUCCGGCGUCGCCCAGACGAUCGCUGCGAACCGCCCGUCGGGCUCGAUUUCAUCCUCCUCGUCGUCGUCGUCGAUGGCCCCGCUCGGCCCCAACCCAGGUUCAGUCUCAGCAACAGGAUCAGGGGUGGGUGGUCACCACUUCCCGGCCUUCUCUUCGGGACCGCACCCGCACGCCGUGCACGCGUUCCCGCAUCCGCAAUACCCCUUCAUCCCUUCGCCGCACCCGCACCCGCACCCGCAGUCGUCCGGGUUCGCCGGGCCCCACGAUCCCGCCGUGUCGGCCGCGCAGCAGCAGCACCACCAGCAGAUGUUGAUGCACCACGCCCACUUGCAACAGCACCAAUGGCAAAUGGAGAUGAUCAGGAACGCGACGUUGCAACAACAGCAACAGCAGCAUCAACAUCACCAACAGCAGCAGCAGCAGCAGCAGCCCCUCCGGGAUCACUACCAACAGAAGCAGCAGCAGCAGCUACUAGGUGUGUUUUUUCAUCUCAUCACCCUGUCUCGCAAUCGCUUCUUCAACCUCCAGAACAGGGCCCAUUGGUGGUUUCACAGACGCUGUGUAUCGCGUCGCCCCCCCAAAUCGGCAGAUCGACCUUGGGCGCAGUGGUGUCCCAUUCACGCGCAACCCUAAUUUGGUGCCUAGCCAGAUUCAUAAUCUUGCGAGCCCGGGCCAUAUUGGGGAUGGCACGGAGUUUCGGGAAUGCUGUCAUGAAGUGGUACAUAUGUAGCACCAUGCAGUAUGACCUGUGAUCCGUGUUCGCCCUGGUACGCUGGAUGUCUCGGCUCGGAAACCUGUUCGGAUCCGAGCUGGCCCGAGGACGUUGCGCUUGCGAAAGGAUCGACGCAUGUCGUGCAGCGUAGACCACCGACACGGGCCGCACCGCGUUAUUUUUUCCAUUUAGCAUUUUGAACCAUAACUGACGCUGCGCCUUCCCCCAAUUCCAAUCUCCCACUCCACAGCAUCUUCUCGGCAACGCACACAGUCGGGACCCUCUUCCUCGAACAAACCCUUCAACAGCUCUCAGAUCUACACAUCGUCACCCUCGUCGUCCUUGAGCCAAUUCCUGCCGUAUGACUUGGCUGGAGUGAUGCCCACUUUCCAACCCGGGGCCCACCCCACGGGACCCGGGGCUUACCCGACUCCGCCAGGAAGCACCGAGGGGACCUCCGGCAGCAGCAGCGGAGGCGGUGGAAGUGGCCGCGACUCGCACCACCCGUACCGUCGCUCACCGUCGCACCCUCGUACACCGGGCCACUCUUCCGCCUCGUCCGGCUCGUUCUCAUCAUCUUCGCACCCGACCACGCAUGGUGCGACGACUUCGGCGUCUUCGAUCUACACCGCCAACUCGUCGGCCAAGAACAGCUCGACGAGCAUCGUCGUCCCCCCCGCGUUCCAGUCGUUGCCGAAUAGAUCGAGCACGUCCGUAUCUUCGAUCCCCCGACCAGGUGCUGCCGCGACCCAUGACAUGGGCGCCUCGCUUCGGCCCCGAACCGACUCGCAGGCGUCCACCAAGUCGACGUCGUCCUCGAAAGGACCCCACAGCAACGGCUCGGGCGGAACGACGCCGACGCAUCACGCACGGGAAUCGUUUGACACGGCUCGCUCGGCGACGCCCGUGCAAGCGCUCAACGCUUCGGGCGGGGGCAAGAAGCCGAGCCCGCUGGGACGCAAAUCGUCCGACGAGCAGUUCCGCUGCGCGACCACUUUUGCUCCCCUGCGCGGCGACGACGGGGAGGAAUCGGACGAUACGACCGCUGCUACGCGUGCGCCCGUCAAGGUCAAGAAGGGGAUGGGCCAGAAGUUCAAGAAGGCGUUCGGCGUAUCGAGCUCCCCUUCGAGCUCGAGCUUGGGCCUCACCGAGGCUGAAUUAGACGGCCGGGGACCAAAAGUCAUCGCCAUACCGCGCGCCAGUCACAGUUCGGACGAUCUGCCCCUGUCGGGUAUGGCCGCCUCGGGUCGUCGUACCCCGACCCUCGCCUCGAGCUCGGCCUCGGUCAUGACGGGUUACUCGACCGCGACGUCCAAGCCGCCGACGAGCAAGAGGGGAAUUUUUAGCGGCAAGUUUAAUUCGUCGACGGACAACCUCUCGAUCUCGUCGACCGUCUCGAGCGCUUCGGUCAUGAUUCGCAAGAUUGGCCAACUGGGCACGUCGGCGCGGCGUAGCAGCAUGAUGAGCCUGACCAAGGCGUUCAAGAGCAGUGGGAAGAACAAGGAAGGCUCCUCGUCGGUAGCGUCGGCUUUCACCGAUGAUGCCACGGCCACCUCCCCGAGCAAGAAGGACCUCAAACGCAGCACUGGGUCCGGAACGGGCUCGGCAACGACGAGCGUCUCGCACGCCACGGCCGAACACGAGGGUCGCGGCAGAUCGUCCUCGGGUGUCACGGGAGGAAUCUCGCCGGCGGCCGCUCUCGCUCGUCGACAACAGCAACACUAUGCCGAGCAGGAGGCCGCCGCCGCCGCCGCCGCCGCUGCCGAGGCGGAUCGUCUCCGCGCGCAGGCUGUCGCUGCUGCCCACGAACGCAAUGCCAGCGUCUCGUCGUUGGCUGGCGCUGGGUGGGGUCGCUCCAAGACGCCCGAUCCUUCCGAAAGCUCGGUGGCUGAAGGUGGCAAGGAGCGGAUCAAGCCUCGUCGCAAGUGGAGUCUCGGCUUUGGUUCCAACUCAGUCUCGGCGACGUCGCCGCAUCCCACCACGACGGAGUCGUCGGGGAGAUCGACCCCGACGCCCAGGACGCCGCCCACGACCGGCGUCGCGGACUUUUACCACGACGGCCGCACCCAGUCGAGCGCGACCACGGAUGGCGUCGAGAUCCUCUCCCACCAGCCCUUGUUCGGCCGCAGCGUCGGUGGUCACGACAGCGAGCCCGAAUACGAGCCUAGUCUCAACCACAGCCUGCGCCGCGAGCCUUUGCGUCCCAUCGUACCCCGUGGGAUCCUCAAGGGUGCGAAUUCGUACCGUCAAGACGAGUUUGAUCUCGCCAAGCCGCAGUUCCCUCGCGUUCGUGCGAGCUCGUACGACGCGUCGCACAAGUCCCACGAGCUCCACAACGGCGGCAAAACGGCGCGCAUCACGACUAUGACGGCGUUCGAGAACCGAUUCGACGGUCUCGUUCAUCCGCCAGCAAACUCGGAAUCUAACUCGCCUCGUCCCGCUUCGCCCCGUGGCAUGAGCGGUCCUACGAGCCCAUAUUCGAACCCCUUGGCGAACGCGUCGGCCCCUGUCCUCGAUCGCCUGGGCCACACGGCCUCUCCUCUGCGUUCCCCUGUCUCGCCUGCGCGUCGCAUCGUCUUUGCGCCCAACCUGUCCGUCCAUACGACCUGGCCCGCAUCCAUCUACGACCGCCGUGCCGAGCCGGCGACGUGCAACCGUUUGACGCCGACGCUGGCGCAGCAGAUCAAGGAGGAGCUCAACUCGUACAAGAUGGAGGAGAUGGACGUGCACCCUAGUUCGAGGCCCUAUACCCAUUUCUGUAAGCUCGGACGCUCGCACUUGAACCUCCUUCGAACUUGCACUCACCGCUUUUCAAUUCCGUUCGCACCAGUCGUUUGA